AUGAGUGGUUGUGUGGAGGAAGAGGAGGACAGAGCAGAGUCUGUAGUAUCCGGCCGUCUGUCCAUGAAGAGUGACCGCUCCAAAGAUCCAGACUUCAGUAAUGACCCUGGACCCUCAGACACAAAAUUUCAGUCCAGACAGACAGCAGAGUCUAUAGGUUCUGGCUGUCAGUCUAUGAAGAGUGACCAGUCCAAAGGAGCACCUCUGGCCUUCAGUACUGAACCUGGACCCUCAGACACAAAGAAGAGGAAGAGGAGUGAUGAGGAGGAGCAGCCGUCCUGCUGUGCUUCCUGUCAGGACGUCCUGAAGGAUCCCGUCUCUACCAGCUGUGGACACUGGUUCUGCAGACGGUGCAUCAGCUCAUACUGGGACCAGUCUGCUUCACCAGGAGACUCCUCCUGUCCCCAGUGUGGACAAAGAUCCAGAACCAGUAAGACUGUUUUAGAUGAACAUAAGAUCAGUCUGAGGAGGAGAUGUGAACGUGUGACUGAAGGAAGUGAUGCAACAGGAAGUGGAACUCUCCUCACCAGGAUCUACACUGAGCUCUACAUCACAGAGGGACAGAGUGAAGAGGUUCAUAUCCAACAUGAGGUGAGGCAGCUGGAGACAGCUUCCAAGAAGAAGACCGUCCACGAUGCUCCAAUCAAGUGCCAGGACAUCUUUAAAGCCUUACCUGACCAACAGGGACACAUCAGAGUGGUCCUGACGAACGGCGUCGCUGGCGUUGGAAAAACCUUCUCGGUGCAGAAGUUCAGUCUGGACUGGGCAGAGGGUUUGGAGAACCAAGAUGUCAGUGUGGUGAUUCUGCUUUCCUUCAGGGAGCUGAACUUGAUCAGAGGUGAGCAGUACAGUCUUCUGGAGCUGCUCCAUGUUUUCCAUCCAACAUUACAGAAGGUCCCAGCAGAGAAGCUCACCGUCUGUAAGCUUCUGUUCAUCUUUGACGGCCUGGAUGAAAGCAGACUUUCACUGGAUUUCACCAACAAGGAGGAGGUGUCUGAUGUCACACAGAAGUCAUCGGUCAACGUGCUGCUGACAAACCUCAUCGAGGGGAAUCUGCUUCCCUCGGCUCUCGUCUGGAUAACUUCUCGACCGGCAGCGGCCAAUCAGAUCCCUCCUGCGUGUGUCGACAGGGUGACAGAAGUACGAGGCUUCACUGACGCCCAGAAGGAGGAGUACUUCAGGAGGAGGGUCAGUGAUGAAGAGCGCUCCAGCACAAUCAUCUCACACAUCCAGACAUCCAGGAGCCUCCACAUCAUGUGUCUGAUCCCAGUCUUCUGCUGGAUCACUGCUACAGUUCUGGACCACAUGUUGACUACAGAGCAGAGAGGAGAGCUGCCCAAGACCCUGACUGACCUGUACUCACACUUCCUGCUGGUUCAGACAAAGAAGAAGAAGCAGAAGUAUGAUGAGGGACAUGAGACGAGUCCACAGGAGCUGAUGGAGGCUGACAGAGAAGUUCUUCUGAAGCUGGGGAGGCUGGCGUUUGAACAGCUGCAGGAAGGAAACAUCAUGUUCUACCAAGAAGACCUGGAGCGAUGUGGUCUCCAUGUCACAGAGGCCUCGGUGUACUCAGGAGUUUGCACAGAGAUCUUGAAAAGAGAGAGUGUAAUAUUCCAGAAAACAGUCUACUGCUUCGUUCAUCUGAGCAUUCAGGAGUUUCUGGCUGCAGUCUACAUGUUCCACUGUUACACCACCAGGAACACAGAGGUACUGAGAGCUUUUCUGGGGACGGACUGGGACAAUGAAAACAGUGGCCCAUCUCUGGAUGUCUUCCUGAGGAGAGCCAUGGAGAAAUCCCUGAGGAGUAAAAAUGGCCACCUGGACCUGUUUGUCCGCUUCCUUCAUGGCCUCUCUCUGGAGUCCAACCAGAGACUGUUAGGAGGCCUGCUGGGUCAGACAGGCAACAGUCCAGAAGUCAUCCAGAGAGCCAUCAACAACCUGAAGAGAGUGAACACUGGUGAGAUAUCUUCUGACAGAAGCAUCAACAUCUUCCACUGUCUGACGGAGAUGAACGACCUCUCAGUACAUCAGGAGAUCCAAGAGUUCCUGAAGUCAGAGAACAGAUCAGAGAAGGAACUCUCUGAGAUCCACUGCUCAGCUCUGGCCUACAUGCUGCAGAUGUCAGAGGAGGUUCUGGUUGAGUUGAACCUGAACAAGUACAACACAUCAGUGGAGGGACGAUGGAGGCUGAUUUCAGCUGUGAGGAACUGCAGGAAAGCUGAACUUUCUAACUGUGGACUCUCUGAGACUCACUGUGAAGUCGUGGCCUCAGCUCUGAAGUCCAAGCCCUCCCAUCUGAGAGAGCUGAACCUGAGUGAAAACUACAACCUGCAGGAUUCAGGAGUGAAGCGGCUCUGUUCUGGACUGGGGAGUCCAAACUGCAGACUGGAGACUCUGAGAUUGAGUCACUGCAGGUUGUCAGAGAUCAGCUGUUCUUCUCUGGCCUCAGCUCUGAAGACCAACCCCUCCCAUCUGAGAGAGCUGCAGCUGAGUAAAAACAACAAGCUUCAGGAUUCAGGAGUGAAACUGCUGUGUGAGCUUCUGCAGAGCCCAAACUGCAGACUGGAGACUCUGAGUUUGUCAGAGAUCAGCUGUGCUUCUAUGGCCUCAGCUCUGAAGUCCAACCCCUCCCAUCUGAGAGAGCUGGAGCUGAGUGACAACAACCUGCAGGAUUCAGGAGUGAAGCUGCUGUGUGAUUUUCUGCAGAGUCCAAACUGCAGACUGGAGACUCUGGGAUUGAGGAGUUGCAGUUUGUCAGAGAUCAGCUGUGCUUCUCUGGUAUCAGCUCUGAAGUCCAACCCCUCCCAUCUGCGAGAGCUGGACCUGAGAGGAAAUGAGCUGCAGGAUUCAGGACUGAAGCUGCUGUGUGAUCUGAAGGAGAGUCCAAACUGCAGACUGGAGACUCUGAGAUUGGAGGGCUGCAGUUUGUCAGAGAUCAGCUGUGCUUCUCUGGCCUCAGCUCUGAAGUCCAACCCCUCCCAUCUGAAAGAGCUGGACCUGAGAGGGGAAGAGCUGCAGGAUUCAGGAGUGAAGCUGCUGUGUGAUUUUCUGCAGAGUCCAAACUGCACACUGGAGGCUUUGGGAUUGAGUUGGUGCAGUUUGUCAGAGAUCAGCUGUGCUUCUCUGGCCUCAGCUCUGAAGUCCAACCACUCCCAUCUAAGAGAGCUGGACCUGAGUGACAAUGAGCUUCGGGAUUCGGGAGUGAAGCUGCUGUGUGAUUUUCUGCAGAGUCCAAACUGCAGACUGGAGACUCUGAGAUUAAGUGGCUGCAGUUUGUCAGAGAUCAGCUGUGCUUCUCUGGCCUCAGCUCUAAUGUCCAACACCUCCCAUCUGAGAGAGCUGGACCUGAGAGAAAACAAGCUGCAAGAUUCAGGAGUGAAGCUGCUGUGUGAUCUUCUGCAGAGUCCAAACUGCAGACUGGAGAUUCUGAGAUUGAGGAGCUGCACCUUGUCAGAGAUCAGCUGUGCUUCUCUGGCCUCAGCUCUGAAGUUCAACCCCUCCCAUCUGAGAGAGCUGGACGUGAGCAACAACAAGCUUCAAGAGUCAGGAGUGACGCCGCUGUGUGUUCUGAAGAGGAGUCCACACUUCAGACUGGACACUCUGAGGUGGGAGUGAUCUGAUGAUCAGUAAAGUCCAGUCACCCAUCGUCCAUCUGUCUGUCCUCUGGAUCAUCAGAGUAUGUGGACUGCUCUGCUGCUGCUCUAUCCUUCUCUCUGCAGACACACUGAGACUCCUCCACCUCUGUCUGUUGUUUCAUUCAUUCAUAUAAUCUGAACUCAAAGUUCCUCUGCAGAAUAGUUCUGUUCAUGACAACAUGACUGUACACCAACACAUUUAAAUGCAUAUUUCUUCCUUGUGUUCUGUCACAGCUCCACCCUGUGGAGUGAUGUGGGAUUACAGUUAAUUUCCAAAUAUUUCUUAACAUUAGAAAUUGAUAUUGCCUUUUUACUACCAAUAUCAGCCAUUUCUCAUAUUGUAACAGAUGAAUAUUUGCUUGUAACAUUCCGAAAGAAAAGUUAAAACCUUCAAGGCUUCACUGAAGUUUCUCAACUGAUAACAAACAGAUAAUGUUUAAGUACAUGUCCUGUAAUUGAACACUGACACAAAAAAAGGGGGUAAAGUUGUCCUCUACUCAAAAUGUUUAAUUUUUGUUGCUGCAGUUGGAUAUUUGAGCUGUACUGAAAGAAAAGGCAAUAUGUAAUUUUUGUAAUAAAGUCUAAUUUUUUAA